AUGCGACAGGGUGGCAGCAACGUGCCCAGCACUGGGAGAAACCUGGCCAUCCUACUUCAUCCAACAGGGCCCUACUUGCAUGCCACAGCCAAAGAUCCACCCAGGUUCAAGUUGGACACUCCUUCAGAUGCCACCAUCAGCCUGGUGAACGGCACGAACCGCUGCGAGGGUCGUGUGGAGAUUUCAUACUCUGGGGGCCGGGGCACCGUCUGCGACGAUGGCUGGGACCUGAAAGAUGCCCAGGUGGUGUGCAGGCAGCUGGGAUGUGGCACUGCAGUUUCUGCACCAUCAGAUGCCUCCUUUGGACAAGGCAGUGGCAACAUCUACCUGGACGACGUGAGCUGCACAGGGUCGGAAUCGUCCCUCUUCCAGUGCAGCCACAAUGGCUGGGGCGUCCACAACUGUCGCCACAGUGAAGAUGCUGGUGUUGUGUGCUCAGAUGCCACCAUCAGCCUGGUGAACGGCACGAACCGCUGCGAGGGUCGUGUGGAGAUUUCACACUCUGGGGGCCGGGGCACCGUCUGCGACGAUGGCUGGGACCUGAAAGAUGCCCAGGUGGUGUGCAGGCAGCUGGGAUGUGGCACUGCUGUUUCUGCACCAUCAGAUGCCUCCUUUGGACAAGGCAGUGGCAACAUCUACCUGGACGACGUGAGCUGCACAGGGUCGGAAUCGUCCCUCUUCCAGUGCAGCCACAAUGGCUGGGGCGUCCACAACUGUCGCCACAGUGAAGAUGCUGGUGUUGUGUGCUCAGAUGCCUCCACCAUCAGCCUGGUGAAUGGUAGGAACCGCUGCGAGGGUCGUGUGGAGAUUUCACACUCUCGGGGCCAGGGCACCGUCUGCGACGAUGGCUGGGACCUGAAAGAUGCCCAGGUGGUGUGCAGGCAGCUGGGAUGUGGCACUGCUAUUUCUGCAACAUCAGAGGCCUCCUUUGGACAAGGCAGUGGCAACAUCUACCUGGACGACGUGAGCUGCACAGGGUCGGAAUCGUCCCUCUUCCAGUGCAGCCACAAUGGCUGGGGUGUCCACAACUGUCGCCACAGUGAAGAUGCUGGUGUUGUGUGCUCAGGCCCAGAUGCCACCAUCAGCCUGGUGAACGGCACGAACCGCUGCGAGGGUCGUGUGGAGAUUUCACACUCUGGGGGCCGGGGCACCGUCUGCGACGAUGGCUGGGACCUGAAAGAUGCCCAGGUGGUGUGCAGGCAGCUGGGAUGUGGCACUGCUGUUUCUGCACCAUCAGAUGCCUCCUUUGGACAAGGCAGUGGCAACAUCUACCUGGACGACGUGAGCUGCACAGGGUCGGAAUCGUCCCUCUUCCAGUGCAGCCACAAUGGCUGGGGCGUCCACAACUGUCGCCACAGUGAAGAUGCUGGUGUUGUGUGCUCAGGUACCACUGAUUUGACUGCCUAUGUCACCAUCAGCCUGGUGAACGGCACGAACCGCUGCGAGGGUCGUGUGGAGAUUUCACACUCUGGGGGCCGGGGCACUGUCUGCGACGAUGGCUGGGACCUGAAAGAUGCCCAGGUGGUGUGCAGGCAGCUGGGAUGUGGCACUGCUGUUUCUGCACCAUCAGAUGCCUCCUUUGGACAAGGCAGUGGCAACAUCUACCUGGACGACGUGAGCUGCACAGGGUCGGAAUCGUCCCUCUUCCAGUGCAGCCACAAUGGCUGGGGCGUCCACAACUGUCGCCACAGUGAAGAUGCUGGUGUUGUGUGCUCAGGUACCACUGUCCAAGAUGCCUCCACCAUCAGCCUGGUGAAUGGUAGGAACCGCUGCGAGGGUCGUGUGGAGAUUUCACACUCUCGGGGCCAGGGCACCGUCUGCGACGAUGGCUGGGACCUGAAAGAUGCCCAGGUGGUGUGCAGGCAGCUGGGAUGUGGCACUGCUAUUUCUGCAACAUCAGAGGCCUCCUUUGGACAAGGCAGUGGCAACAUCUACCUGGACGACGUGAGCUGCACAGGGUCGGAAUCGUCCCUCUUCCAGUGCAGCCACAAUGGCUGGGGCGUCCACAACUGUCGCCACAGUGAAGAUGCUGGUGUUGUGUGCUCAGGUACCACUGAUUUGACUGCCUAUGCCACCAUCAGCCUGGUGAACGGCACGAACCGCUGCGAGGGUCGUGUGGAGAUUUCACACUCUGGGGGCCGGGGCACCGUCUGCGACGAUGGCUGGGACCUGAAAGAUGCCCAGGUGGUGUGCAGGCAGCUGGGAUGUGGCACUGCUGUUUCUGCACCAUCAGAUGCCUCCUUUGGACAAGGCAGUGGCAACAUCUACCUGGACGACGUGAGCUGCACAGGGUCGGAAUCGUCCCUCUUCCAGUGCAGCCACAAUGGCUGGGGCGUCCACAACUGUCGCCACAGUGAAGAUGCUGGUGUUGUGUGCUCAGGUACUGCCUCCACCAUCAGCCUGGUGAACGGCACGAACCGCUGCGAGGGUCGUGUGGAGAUUUCACACUCUGGGGGCCGGGGCACCGUCUGCGACGAUGGCUGGGACCUGAAAGAUGCCCAGGUGGUGUGCAGGCAGCUGGGAUGUGGCACUGCUAUUUCUGCAACAUCAGAGGCCUCCUUUGGACAAGGCAGUGGCAACAUCUACCUGGACGACGUGAGCUGCACAGGGUCGGAAUCGUCCCUCUUCCAGUGCAGCCACAAUGGCUGGGGCGUCCACAACUGUCGCCACAGUGAAGAUGCUGGUGUUGUGUGCUCAGGUACCACUGACACCAUCAGCCUGGUGAACGGCACAAACCGCUGCGAGGGUCGUGUGGAGAUUUCACACUCUGGGGGCCGGGGCACUGUCUGCGACGAUGGCUGGGACCUGAAAGAUGCCCAGGUGGUGUGCAGGCAGCUGGGAUGUGGCACUGCUGUUUCUGCACCAUCAGAUGCCUCCUUUGGACAAGGCAGUGGCAACAUCUACCUGGACGACGUGAGCUGCACAGGGUCGGAAUCGUCCCUCUUCCAGUGCAGCCACAAUGGCUGGGGCGUCCACAACUGUCGCCACAGUGAAGAUGCUGGUGUUGUGUGCUCAGAUGCCUCCACCAUCAGCCUGGUGAAUGGUAGGAACCGCUGCGAGGGUCGUGUGGAGAUUUCACACUCUCGGGGCCAGGGCACCGUCUGCGACGAUGGCUGGGACCUGAAAGAUGCCCAGGUGGUGUGCAGGCAGCUGGGAUGUGGCACUGCUAUUUCUGCAACAUCAGAGGCCUCCUUUGGACAAGGCAGUGGCAACAUCUACCUGGACGACGUGAGCUGCACAGGGUCGGAAUCGUCCCUCUUCCAGUGCAGCCACAAUGGCUGGGGCGUCCACAACUGUCGCCACAGUGAAGAUGCUGGUGUUGUGUGCUCAGCACAACUACAGCCAGCUCCCAUCAGCCUGGUGAACGGCACGAACCGCUGCGAGGGUCGUGUGGAGAUUUCACACUCUGGGGGCCGGGGCACCGUCUGCGACGAUGGCUGGGACCUGAAAGAUGCCCAGGUGGUGUGCAGGCAGCUGGGAUGUGGCACUGCUGUUUCUGCACCAUCAGAUGCCUCCUUUGGACAAGGCAGCGGCAACAUCUACCUGGACGACGUGAGCUGCACAGGGUCGGAAUCGUCCCUCUUCCAGUGCAGCCACAAUGGCUGGGGCAUCCACAACUGUCGCCACAGUGAAGAUGCUGGUGUUGUGUGCUCAGGUUUCCAAGAUGCCUCCACCAUCAGCCUGGUGAACGGCACAAACCGCUGCGAGGGUCGUGUGGAGAUUUCACACUCUCGGGGCCAGGGCACCGUCUGCGACGAUGGCUGGGACCUGAAAGAUGCCCAGGUGGUGUGCAGGCAGCUGGGAUGUGGCACUGCUAUUUCUGCAACAUCAGAGGCCUCCUUUGGACAAGGCAGUGGCAACAUCUACCUGGACGACGUGAGCUGCACAGGGUCGGAAUCGUCCCUCUUCCAGUGCAGCCACAAUGGCUGGGGCGUCCACAACUGUCGCCACAGUGAAGAUGCUGGUGUUGUGUGCUCAGGUACCACUGAAGAUGCCACCAUCAGCCUGGUGAACGGCACGAACCGCUGCGAGGGUCGUGUGGAGAUUUCACACUCUGGGGGCCGGGGCACUGUCUGCGACGAUGGCUGGGACCUGAAAGAUGCCCAGGUGGUGUGCAGGCAGCUGGGAUGUGGCACUGCAGUUUCUGCACCAUCAGAUGCCUCCUUUGGACAAGGCAGUGGCAACAUCUACCUGGACGACGUGAGCUGCACAGGGUCGGAAUCGUCCCUCUUCCAGUGCAGCCACAAUGGCUGGGGCGUCCACAACUGUCGCCACAGUGAAGAUGCUGGUGUUGUGUGCUCAGAUGCCUCCACCAUCAGCCUGGUGAAUGGUAGGAACCGCUGCGAGGGUCGUGUGGAGAUUUCACACUCUCGGGGCCAGGGCACCGUCUGCGACGAUGGCUGGGACCUGAAAGAUGCCCAGGUGGUGUGCAGGCAGCUGGGAUGUGGCACUGCUAUUUCUGCAACAUCAGAGGCCUCCUUUGGACUAGGCAGUGGCAACAUCUACCUGGACGACGUGAGCUGCACAGGGUCGGAAUCGUCCCUCUUCCAGUGCAGCCACAAUGGCUGGGGCGUCCACAACUGUCGCCACAGUGAAGAUGCUGGUGUUGUGUGCUCAGGUGCCUCAAGCACAACUACAGCCAGCUCCAUCACCUCUGCUCCUUCAGAUAAAGCAGAUUGUUUGUGGCAAAUACAUGUAACAAACAAUUUCCUCAUUGCGCUCACAUUUGAUAACAUUCAGUUGCAAGGUGGAUGUCAGAAUGACUAUAUUGAGAUCUAUGAUGGGCCACCCAAAUCUUCUCCUCUACUUGGAAGAAUUUGUUCUAGUUCCCAUCUCACAUACACCUCAUCUUCAAACCUCAUGUCUGUGAGGUUUUACAGUGACUCCAGAUAUUCCAGUGGAAGUUUCUGGGCUCAGUACCAGUCCUUUCCAGCAGACCAGAACACCACCCUUCUGUGCUUGCCAACCUACAUGAGUGCAGUGGUAGACAGACACUACCUCCAGUCCCAGGGCUACUCAGUGGACAGCAUCAGCCUGGCAGACCCUCAAUGUAGACCAAAAAUUACAUCAACUGAGGUUAUAUUCAACAUUUCGUACAGCAAAUGUGGUACACGUAGACAGGGCAACAACGAAACGAUCACCUACUCCAACGUGAUAAAAGUGCCUGCUCCUGGCAGUGUCAUCAAGAGGCAAAAGGACCUUCACUUGCACAUCAGCUGCAAAAUGCUGCAGAACACCUGGGUUCAAGUCAUGUACAUUGCCGAUGAUGUCAUUGAUGUCAACAAAACCCAGUAUGGCAGAUACGACGUGAGCCUGAUGUUCUACAACUCCUCAUCUUUCGAGUGGCCAGUGCACGACUUCCCAUACUAUGUUGACAUGAAUCAGAAUUUGUUCCUCCAAGCUGCUCUUCACAGCUCUGACCAAAAUCUGACCCUGUUUGUGGACACGUGUGUGGCAUCACCUAAUUCUAGUGAUUUUAGAACACUGGUCUAUGAAUUGACCAAAAGUGGGUGUGCCAGCGAUCCUGGCUACUCUCUCUUCCCCUCGCCGCGCAGCGAUGUCGCUCGGUUUGGGUUUAGCGCCUUCUCGUUCGUGAACCGAUUCCCGUCGGUGUUCCUGCGGUGUGAGCUGCUGGUGUGCAGGUACGGCGACUACUCCUCCCGCUGCUACCGAGGCUGUGUUAGCAGGUUCAAGAGGGAUGCAGAUUCCUCCCACCAGCAAGUGAAUGUUGUUGUUGGACCCGUGCAGCUUCGGGAAGCUCACGCCGAGAACAGGAACAUUGGACUGGCCUCUGACAUCCAGGAAAAAGGGGAGACUCUGAGCUCAGAGCCUGCUGCCAGCUCCCACGUUCCUCUGGCUGUGGCCACCGUGGUGCUGGUAGCUGCUGUUCUGACAGGUGGAGGAUUUCUUUGGAAGAGGAAAAUGCAGGAGACCAUCCCGUACCAGAAACUGUGAGAGGCAGCUCCAGGCAUGGAGGUGGAAGGAUUCUUUCACCAGCCACCUGCUUCAUUAUUUGGGUUUGCAAUCAGUGUGAAGGGCAGCUCUUACUUGGCUAUUCCACCAUCCAGACCAUGUUUGAAGAAUCAAGAUUACACCUGAUGUUACCAUGAACUGAAUUUAUAAAGCAAUCUGGUUUUAAAACCUAAGGUGUCAAGAAGGAUUGAUUCUUUCAUCCUAGCAUCCAAAUAAGCAUCUUCAGUGCUGGACAUUUCAAAGCUUUUCUGUUGAACUCCUUGUUGAGUGUCUGUCUGGGAAGACUGAAAUAGGUGACUUGAGAAACAAGAACUGACUUAUUUGGCCCUUGCUGAUAUGCAGAUGAAACACCUGUGUAGCACCAUAGAUACACUGGGAAGUAGUACAAGAAAAAUGUUUCUUUGCAGUAAAAACUCUCAAUAAUGAGCCAUAAGCAAAUAUGCUCAGGGGCUACACGUGAAGAAUUAUUGCUGUACAGCAUUCCUGACUUUGGGCAGGUUGGUUCUUCCCAAAUUCAUAUUUCUCUCAGUACAUGUAGGCCAUUUAUACAAUUUUAUA